CAAAAAGACCAGUGGUAUUGGAUCUGAAAGGUUCAUACUUUUCCAAAAGUCCAAUAUUUCUUAUGGCUCCUCAUGCAUCAAAUCCAGACCUUUGAUACUUUGGCUAAAUGGGGUGUGUUACUGAUAGCACAUGCCUCAUGUGCCGUCUGGUGCCUGAAACCAUUAAGCAUCUAUUCAGGGAGUGUCCUUUUGCUGGUUGCAUCUGGUCUGCUGUUUCUCCCUGUAACUGUCCUCUUCUCCACCAUGUUGCUGAUUUUAAAGAUUGGCUACAAGCUAAUUGUGUUAGUGGUAGUUCUAACUUUGACUACACAAAACACUGGAGCACCUUUUUUACCUUCACUUUAUGGACCAUCUGGUUUUCUAGAAAUCAAUUUGUCCAUAAUAGCACCCAAAUGAAUAGUCAGCAAAUUAAGAGUGUUAUUCUUAACGGAGUGCAGAAGUUCCUUAAAUAUAACUCUCCUGAUAUUACUCUUAGAAAUAAGACUAUGGUCCACAUUGGUUGGUCACCUCCACCUCCUGGCUUCUUGAAACUUAACAAUGAUGGUUUUGCCCAAGGUAACCCAGGGACGUCUGGUGCAAGAGGUAUAUUUAGAGAUCAUAAUGGUUUCUGGAUGUAUGGUUACUCUAGAAGAGUUGGCUUUACCACUAGUUUUGUUGCUAAACUUUGGGCCAUUAGGGAUGGUUUAGAUAUUGUUGUUCACAGAGGAAUUUCCAAACUUAUUUUGGAAACAAAUUCCAAAGUUGCAGAAAUUCUUCUUCAAUCUACAGACCAUAUCUUCCACUCACUUGGUGUGCUUAUUCUUGAUUGCAGGUUAUUAAGGAACUGUAGCAGUACAUCCGAGGUUAAGGACCUUGGACCUAUCCUUACACUAUUCCUCCCUCGAAGUCAUUCACUUGUGAAUGAUGUUGUUAGAGGUUUAAGCCCUCUUAAAGAGGUUAGGGUUAGGAGUGAGAGUGAUAUUGAGCGUGAGUUAGAGUUUUUUGAAGAUCCUGACUACAUUUCUCCCCCUACUCCGUGCAGUGAAAGUUACGAGAUUGACGAGAUGACUUCUGAGGAAACAUUGAGCAUUGGGGGGAGCGAGGAAGUAAGAAUGUUGGAGUAUAGUGACAUAAGUGUGGAGAGUGGGUCGUCUGAGUCUGAGCGAACAGAGGGAGGGGUAGUGCGAAAUGAAGUGGUUGAGGUUAGGGCAGAAAGGGUUCCUGCAAAUAUCCUAGAAGUGGGAGAUAGGAAUAAUAAGUGUUAUGAUAGUGGGGCAGACAUUGUGUCUGAGGUAAAGGUAUAUGAGUCUGAACUCAGGAGUAGGGAUAGCUUGAGUCAUCUCGUAGAGACUUAUGAGAUUUCAUCUCGGGUUCUGGUUAGGCCUGUUGGAGUGGAGGAAAGGGUAUGCUCUGCACCCCAGGAUCAUUGGAUGCCGGUGUGUGCCCAUUAUGUGGCUGUAGGGCUUAGGUUUCCAUUACCAGAUUUGCUGGUAUGGUUGUUGUUAGAGUAUAGUGUGGGUUUGACCCAAUUGUCUCCCAACACAGUGAGGGUAAUCAUUGGGUUUAUAGUGUAUUGCCGAGCUAGGGGGGUUAAGGUACCUACGGUGAGUAUGUUUAAGCACUUUUUUGUGCUUAAGGCUGGGAGUAGGAAGGAGAAAGGGUGGUACUAUUUUACACCCCGAUCAUCCAACAAAGAAAAGAGGAACCUAUUUAGUGCAGGACCUUCAUCCAUUAAAGGAUGGAAAGAAAAAUUUUUCUUUGUUGAUGAUACCGAGUGGGAGAGGGGGGAUGGAGAAGUAGAAUUUUUGUCCAAUUGGAAGGCUAAAAAGGCCAAUAAGAAUAAGUAUAGUUUAAAUAGUGAUGAGGAAGAAGAAGUGGAGAAGCUGGUGAGAAAAGAGGGUGAUAUAGUAGACAUUAUGUUUCUCACCAACUUGGAUGUUAUAGAAGCAGUUGAGCUCUAUAGACCGAGCUCAAUGAGCGAAGCUAAAAUGGACAAAUUUCUGGGUGUUGCUAGUGGGGUGGCUAUUCCCAAAAAGCUAAGGAAGAAGUCCAAGACUUUUGACAAUGCUGCGAGUGAGAAAGGAGAUGGGAACAAGGAGAAAGCACAGAUGUCAAGUGAGGGGGACGAGGUAGUGGAAUUCGUACCUCAGCCGGCUCCUAUUGAGCUUGAUCCUAAGCUCAGAGAGACUGAAGUUCCUACCCACGGUAAGGGUAAAGCAAUUGUUCCCACUCCUGCACUCCAGAGCAGCAUUUUUGGGAGUAACAAUUUUUCAGUUGUGAAAAAUUUUAUCAAUGCAUAUGUUCUUGAGGUGGAUCGCCACCAAGCAAGAGAGAAAGUGUUGAUGUAUGGAGGGACCUCAGUUGUGAGGCAUGCUCUUGAGACUGCAACUUGGGUGAAUGCGCUAGCCCAAGAGUUCAUGGAACUCAUGAGGGAGCGCAAUAGCCUCUCGUUUGACAACAUUGUCAACCUCUAUCGGAUGCCUACUGCAAUCCUCACUUUCAUCGAUUGCAGAAAGAAGGUGAAAGCGGAGUAUCCCGAUGUGGAUAUAACAAAGAUCACUUUCGGUGAACAAGAAGAAGGGGUGGAGGAGAAUGGUGAAAGUAUGUCAGCGGACUUCCACCUUCAGAUUAAACUGAGGUGGGAUCACAAUGAAGAAGAACGCACCGUUUUUCCUCCGAACUUUGACUUCGAGUUCGUAGCAGUCGAGGAAGAGGAAGUAGAGGUAGAAAGUGUUGAAGUUGAGGAGAACCAGCCACCUUUGCAAGUGGAGGUCCAUCCAAUUCCCUCUAAUGAAGAACAGCCACCUCUUUCAGCAAAUCAAGAGCCAUCUCAGCCACCUCCUCCAGCGGAAUAGCUAGGGAUUUUUAUUUUUUGAUUUAUGUAGUUGGAAUUUGAACAAUGAUUAAUGUAAACAUUUUUGUAGAAUUUAUUAAUUUAAGGAAAAGUUUUGAAAUUAGUUUUCACGCUUAUUUCAUGCUUUUAAUUGUUUUGUAUUAAUCAUAAGAAUUGAGAUAAAGUAAAUCACUUUGGAUAUGAAUUGAGAAGAAAUAAAUCACUUCAGAUAUG